UUUAACAAAUGUUUGGAUUCUCUGCACAAGUCUUGGCCAGAAGGCCAAGACUUUGGACCAGAAAAGCAAGGUUUUGUUCGAGGAAUACUAAUCCUGAGAAGAAGGAAUGCAAAGAAAGCAUUCCUAGUAAGACCUCUGAAAGCAAGCAAAGAAGGAAGAUUCAUCCUUGGCUGUAUGCGACCUCGUUAAUCUUUGGUAUCAAAACUGCACUUGCAAUGGGAAACUUUGGACAAGAGAACCAAGAGUUCAUUAAUUCUGGCCCUCCUGAGAUGAAGAGAAAUUUAGAAACAAUGCAGUACUAUAUUGGAAAAGCUAACUAUCAACAUUUGCCUCAAGAGCAAAUUGAGUUUUUAUACAAACACAGUCAGAGUUGGAUCAAACAAGAGGAUAACAUUAUGAAGGCAGGAAUUAGUCCCUCAGUUGCUCUAUUUACGUUAGGAGUUUGCACACAUGCCUAUUAUUACAGAAAGAGCAGCCUUAAGACAUCAUUGGCAUCUAAGUUUUCACUCUUUGGAGUUAUUGGACUGAAUGUCUACAUCUUGUACAACUACAUUGCAUUUUGGUCAGUGUUUGUAAACUUUAAAAAUGUGAACAAAGAUUGAGAAAAGUUAAUUCAAAAUGCUAAAUCUGACUAAAAUUCAUGAAAAUGGAUAAAAAUUGAAAUAGU